GGUGCGGAAGAGCGUAGUGAAUGAUAGAUACGCUGUUCUUCUUCUUCCUCUUCUUCGAAUCUCCUCUUCGACGUCUCUUGUUAGUGUGCGCCAUCUUAACCUUACGUGCGCCGUUGGCGCACUCUCCUAUCCUACGCUCAUCUAUUGUCACUCCCACAGCGAAAGCUGUCUCGGACGUUUCCGGUACUACCACGAUCGGACCAGAUUCUCUCGUCGAGAUCUCUGAUUCUAACCAGACGCGAGCGAUGUCGAAAGCUCGUGUUUACACCGACGUUAACGUGAUUCGACCCAAGGAUUAUUGGGAUUACGAGUCACUCAUUGUUCAAUGGGGGGAACAAGAUGAUUAUGAAGUAGUAAGGAAGGUAGGGCGUGGAAAAUAUAGUGAAGUUUUCGAGGGUAUAAAUGUGAACAGCAAGGAGAAGUGUAUAAUCAAAAUCCUCAAACCUGUUAAGAAAAAGAAGAUAAGAAGAGAGAUUAAAAUACUUCAGAACUUAUGCGGUGGGCCAAAUAUUGUCAAGCUGCUUGAUGUUGUUAGAGAUCAACAUUCAAAAACUCCAAGCUUGAUUUUUGAAUAUGUGAACAGCACAGACUUUAAAGUUUUGUAUCCUACGUUGACUGAUUACGACAUUCGUUACUAUAUCUAUGAGCUUUUGAAGGCACUGGACUUCUGCCAUUCACAAGGAAUAAUGCACAGAGACGUCAAGCCUCACAAUGUUAUGAUUGACCAUGAGCUGCGUAAGCUUCGCCUUAUAGAUUGGGGUCUUGCUGAGUUUUAUCACCCUGGAAAAGAGUAUAAUGUCCGUGUUGCUUCAAGAUACUUUAAGGGACCUGAACUUCUCGUGGACUUGCAAGACUAUGACUAUUCAUUGGAUAUGUGGAGUCUUGGUUGUAUGUUUGCCGGGAUGAUAUUCCGUAAGGAACCUUUCUUCUACGGGCAUGACAAUCAGGAUCAGCUAGUGAAAAUUGCCAAGGUGAUUGGGACUGACGAAUUGAAUGCUUAUCUGAACAAGUACCAGUUAGAACUUGAUCCACAACUCGAAGCACUUGUUGGGCGGCAUAGCAGGAAACCUUGGUCCAAAUUCAUCAACGCAGACAAUCAGCAUUUGGUUUCACCAGAGGCGAUUGAUUUCCUCGACAAGCUACUUCGGUAUGAUCAUCAAGAUAGAUUAACUGCAAAAGAAGCCAUGGCACACCCUUACUUCGCCCAAGUUAGGGCAGCAGAAACCAGCAGAAUGAGAAUUUCAUCUUUGAUUUCUUCGAAUUUCAUGAUUUUCUCUGGAAAAAUCUUCGGCGCGAAUGAAGAAGAUGAUGCUCUGAUUCUUCUUCUCCCUUCGUCUCUCGAUAUCUUCUCGGAGGUUUUGUUUGACUUCAAGGACGUCAGAUCUUCAAUACACUUGUUGAGGAAGAUCAUUGGAAGUUUUUGCGUUCUCGGUAACGGACACAGUGGUAGAGAAGAAGGUCACACGGUGGUGGAGAAGAAGCUUCUUUGGCUCUGUUCUCGGAUUGAAUCGGCUCAAUCGGGACUUGAUUCAGUGCAAUGGAGAACAUGGGGCGUAUGUUACAAGCAGCGUGGCGGAGAUACUGUUGAAGGAAGUGCUCUGCUCCACUUACCUUUAAUCUUCAAUCAACGGUACUCUCAAGAACAAGAAUCAGAUCAAGCAAUGCUCAGGUUAAUCGUUAAUUACCCUCUGAUUCCCAAGAAAUCCCACCGAGUUUGUAGUAGCAGUAGUAAGCUCGGGAGUUACUAUGAUUCUUCGUCGAUCAUCAAAUAUGGCGGAAUCGGCGAUGAUGUUGGUAAGAAGCAGGAGCUUCUUCUUAGUGUUUCGGUGAAAGCAGUGGAAGACAAAGGUAAUAAUGGAGGUGGAAGCAUGAGUUUCCCUGGUCAAAGCUGGGAUCCUAGUUCAGAGAUUGAAGUUCCUUCAGACCAAAGACCCGUGAAUGAGUAUUCGUCUUUGAAGGAAGGAAUGUUGUAUUCGUGGGGAGAAUUGGGUCCAAGCGAUUUUUUUAUUCGUCUCGGUGGUCUUUGGUUGGUUACUUUCACUGUUCUUGGUGUUCCAAUUGCAGCUGCUAGCUUUAAUCCUUCGAGAGAACCUUUGAGAUUUGCUCUAGCUGCAGGAACAGGAACAUUAUUCCUGGUUUCAUUGAUUGUCUUGAGGAUUUACCUGGGAUGGAGCUAUGUUGGAGAUAGACUACUUUCUGCUGUUAUACCAUACGAAGAGAGUGGAUGGUAUGAUGGACAAAUGUGGGUGAAACCACCAGAGGUGUUGGCUCGCGACAGGUUGUUAGGUUCUUACAAGGUGAAGCCAGUGAUCAAGAUGCUCAAACAAACAUUAAUCGGAACAGGAGCUUUACUAGUUUCAGCAUUUGUGCUAUUUGUUUUCGCAACACCAGUCGAGGAUUUCUUUAAAACCACUCUAAGAUCUAAAGAAAACCAACCAGAAGUUUCCAUUUCAAGAACCAGCAACAAGUUCAAUAUAAGAAAAGAACAACUGCUUCGGUUACCUGUAGAUGUUGUGACCGACGAUGACCUGGCAGCAGCCGCAGCUGAGGCUGCUGAUGGAAGACCUGUCUAUUGCAGAGACCGGUACUACCGUGCAUUAGCCGGUGGACAAUAUUGCAAAUGGGAAGAUCUUGUCAAAUAGUUGUCACUAUAAUAGAAUACCAAGACCACA